AUGGCCACCCAAGCACCUACUGCCCAGCCUGCACCCAAAAAGGUCAUAAUCAUGACAGGGGGAAACGUCGGCAUUGGCUUCGAGUGCUCGAAGCUGAUCCUGUCGUCCCUGGACAAUGUCCACCUUAUCCUCGGCUGCCGCAACCCGCAACGUGGCGCCAAGGGCGUCAAAUCCCUUGAAUCCUUUGUCACCAACAGCAACACGGUCGAGUAUCGUCCUCUCGACCUUGCUUCGUUUGCAUCGGUUCGUCGUUUUGCAAACGACAUUAUAUCUUCCUUCCCGCAUGGCAUCCAUACCCUAAUCCUGAACGCCGGCCUCAUGGCCUUUACUCGUCAACUGACUGAGGACAACCACGAGAUGAACAUGCAAGUCAAUCACCUUUCCCAGUUCCUGUUAACGCAACUACUGUUGCCCUCCCUACGAACUGGAUCGAAGACAUGGCCCGAGGAGCCAUCUUGCGUCGUCUUUGUCUCGUCCACACUUCACAAGCCGGGCGUGGGCCGUGGGAAAGGCCCUUAUCUGAUCUUCGAAAAUGUUGACGGCUCUCGCGAAUUUGAGGGUAUGAUGAUUUAUCGCAACUCAAAAUUGUGUCAGACCAUCUGCAUGCAUGUUCUGGCUGCCUCCCUCAAGGAUGAUAACGCCAUCACAGUGAACGCGGUCUGUCCAGGAUUCAUUCCCACAACAGAUUUGAAGCGCGACUCUGGGCUUGCAACGCGUAUCCUAAUGGACAAUGUGAUCUCGAGGAUCAGCGCUGCCUCGACUGUGCAGGAAGGAGGUGCGCGAGUGUUCAAUGCCAUGAAUGGGGAAGGAAGAACCAAGAACGGCGCCUACUUAACCAAAGACGGGGACAAUGAGUCGAGUGAAGAGAGCCGAGAUCCUGAAAAGCAGAAGUUUUGGUGGAACUGGACUUGCAAGUCAGUCGGGCUCGAUAACCUUUCCCAAUAA